AGACUCCAUUUAAUGUGAACAGAACAGAGCGGGAGGAGGAAACUGAAGGCUGAGUGACUGACUUUAGAUCAGAAGAUGAGUGAUUUGGAGGAAGAGGAGGACGGAGCAGAGUCUGUAGUGUCUGGCUGUCAGUCUAUGAAGAGUGACCGGUCCAGAGGAGAACCUCCAGACUUCAGUAAAGAACCUGGACCCUCAGACACAAAACUGACUUCAGAUCAGAAGAUGAGUGAUUUGGAGGAAGAGGAGGAUGGAGCAGAGUCUGUAGUAUCUUGCUGUCAGUCCAUGAAGAGUGACUGGUCCAUAGGAGAACCUCUGAAUUUCAGUACUAAACAUGGACCCUCAGACACAAAAGAGAAGAGCAGUGAUGUUUCUGAGGAGGAGCUGUCCAGAACCAGAACCAGAACCAGAACCGGACUGCAGACAGCCAGUCAGAGCAGCUCUGAAAAAAUGUACGUUCUUAAACAUGAACAUAAGAACAGCGUGAAGGGGACAUAUGAACAUGUGACUGAAGGAGAUGAUCAAACAGGAAGUGGAACCCUCCUCAACACGAUAUACACUGCGCUCUACAUUACAGAUGAACUGAGUGAAGAAGUUAAUACCCAACAUGAGGUGAGGCAGCUUGAGACAGCUUCCAAGAUGAAGACCCUCCAUGACUCUCCAAUCAAGUGCAGCCAUCUUUAA